AUGCAUCUGGAGCAUGACAAAAGACAUGACUUCCUCGUCGAAAAGCUUCCACCGACAGACCUUGGCGCUUAUAAGAGACUGGCAAAACGAUGGGAUCAUCGACUGAGUUAUGAGAGCCUAACACAAGGGGCUUCGCCCCUAAAAGACUCUUCUAAGACACUCAACCCUUCAGCGACUAUCCCAUUCAGCACAGGAAGACCAACAUCGCUAUAUUUUCCAUGGCAAUCCAUGAUAAUGGCUGAAACUGAAGAGUGUCGUCAAUCCCAAGGAUUUAACUACCGAACACAACGCAUGGAAUGCCAAAAGGGAGAAACAGCGUUUGACCUUUCAUGUGCUUUGAACUAUGCCGAGCCUGCGGGCUGCAGCCAAUUAGUUGAUUUUUUUCGGAAGAAUACUGGUCUCAUUCAUAAUCCUCCUUAUCAAGACUGGGACACAACCCUCACAUGUGGAUCGACUUCUGCUAUCGAAAUGGCCCUGCGCAUGUUUUGCAACCGGGGAGAUUGGGUCUUGACUGAAACCUUUACCUACUCGGGGACGCUUAUGGCCCUACGAGCCCAAGGGUUGAAGACGCAGGGCAUCGAAAUGGACGAUGAUGGCUUAAUACCAGAAGAUUUGGACACUAAACUUCGAUUCUGGGACACAGCACAAGGUCGCAAACCUUUCUUCCUCUAUAUUAUUCCGUCUGGACAGAAUCCAACGGGGACAACCCAGUCCACAGCUCGCAAGCAUGCAAUUUACCAAGUUGCUGAAAAGCACGAUCUAGUGAUCCUUGAAGAUGACCCGUACUUCUUUUUGCGACUCAGUGGGUCAUCGUCCUCAUUAUUGGAUACCCGACCAUUUGACAGAUUGCGAACAUCACUGCCGACUUCAUAUCUGUCCCUUGACAAGUCUGGUCGUGUUAUUCGUGUAGAAUCCACUUCCAAAAUAUUCGCUCCAGGUCUUCGAUGUGGCUGGCUUACAGCCAGCAAGCAAAUCAUCGAAACAUUCGCCAACUUUGCUGAAGUGGGACCUUCAUCGCCCAGUGGACCAUCACAGGUAAUGCUGUACAAGCUACUUGUUGAGAAAUGGGGCCAAGAAGGCUUCGUUGACUGGAUAAGUCAUUUAUCAGGAGAGUACCGGUUACGAAGAGACAUCAUGAUUGCCGCAUGUGAGAAGCAUCUUCCCAAGAAUAUUUGUACAUGGACGACACCAACUCAUGGAAUGUUCUUGUGGGUUACUGUGAAUUUACAGAAAUACCCCCACUGUGUAGAGAAGCGAGCAGAGCAGCAAUGCGACCAUAUUGAAAACAAAAUUGCAGAGCGGGCAGAGGCUCAUGGGGUUCUUGUUGCAAGGGGAAGUUGGUUCAAUGUUGAGAGCUUCACGGACAAAGUAUUCUUUAGGAUGACGUUUGUUGCUACAGAUUCGCAGGACAAUCUCGAGCAGGGUGUUGAGAAGUUUGGCAGAGCUGUGAAGGAGGAGUUUAGGAUGUAG